CGUUUCCCGGCGCAGUCGCCAGCCGCCACCAUCACCGCCGCCGCCGCUUGCUGGCGUGCCCCACCGGCCCGCGUCACCGCUCUGCGCGCUCCCUGCACCUCCCCGGCUGCAGCAGCCCGAGAAAGCGAAAGCGAGGCAGCCCCGGCACCCGCGAUCGCGCAGGCUCUGUGCUCCGAGGGCCGUGCUCGCCCGGUGUCUACUCCAGGGCUGUGUGCACCGCGCGGGCGGCGGCUGAACCUGCACCGGGAGGGCACGGGAGCCGCAGAGCCCCCGGGCUUUGGGCCGCUGCUGUGUGGCCUUGGCGGAGGCUCUUUCCAGCUCGCCUUUCCAUCCCGGGCCUGGCCGGUGAGCCGCGCGCGGUAUGGGCAGAUGCUGCUUCUACACGGCGGGGACACUGUCUCUGCUGCUGCUGGUGACCAGUGUCACUCUGCUAGUGGCUCGAGUCUUUCAGAAGGCGGUAGACCAGACGAUCCAGAAGAAUAUGGUAUUACAAAAUGGUACCAAGGUCUUUGAUUCCUGGGAGAAGCCUCCUAUACCUGUGUACAUGCAGUUUUAUUUCUUCAAUGUCACCAAUCCUGAGGAGAUCCUCCAAGGAGAAAUCCCCCGUGUAGAAGAAGUGGGGCCGUAUACCUACAGGGAGCACAGGAACAAGGCAAACAUUCAGUUUGGAGAAAAUGGAACAACCAUAUCUGCUGUCACCAAUAAGGCAUAUGUUUUUGAACGAAACCAAUCUGUUGGAGACCCUAAGGUUGAUUUGAUUAGAACGAUAAAUAUUCCUCUGUUGACUGUGGUGGAACUGGCCCAGCUGCCCUUCCUCAGGGAGCUCAUCGAGGCCAUGCUGAAAGCCUAUCAGCAGAAGCUGUUUGUGACUCACACUGUACACGAACUGCUCUGGGGCUACAAAGAUGAGAUCUUGUCCCUCGUCCAUAUUUUCAAACCUGACAUCUCCCCUAAUUUCGGCCUGUUCCUUGAGAGAAACGGAACUAAUGACGGCGAGUAUGUUUUUCUGACUGGAGAAGACAAUUACCUUAACUUUUCAAAAAUUGUGGAGUGGAAAGGAAAAAGGUCGCUGGACUGGUGGACCACAGACACAUGCAAUAUGAUUAAUGGGACAGAUGGCGAUUCUUACCACCCGUUGAUAAGCAAGGAUGAGGUCCUGUACAUCUUUUCAUCUGACUUAUGCAGGUCGGUACAUAUAACCUUCAGUGGCUUUGAGAACGUAGCAGGACUGCCUGCUUUUCGGUAUAAGGUGCCUGCAGAAAUACUAGCCAAUACCUCCGAAAAUGCUGGCUUCUGUAUACCCGAGGGAAACUGCAUGGACUCAGGAGUGUUGAAUGUCAGCGUCUGCAAGAACGGUGCACCCAUUAUCAUAUCUUUCCCACACUUUUACCAAGCUGACGAGAAGUUCGUUUCUGCCAUAAAAGGCAUGCGUCCAAACAAGGAAGAACAUGAGACAUUUGUGGACAUUAAUCCUUUGACUGGAAUUAUUUUAAGAGGGGCCAAGAGAUUCCAGAUCAACACUUACGUUAAGAAACAGGAUGACUUUGUUGAAACGGGAGACAUUAGGACUAUGGUUUUCCCAGUGAUGUAUCUCAAUGAGAAUGUUCUCAUUGACAAAGAGACCGAAAGUCAACUGAAGUCUGUGAUUAACACAACUUUGAUUGUCACCAACAUACCCUACAUCAUCAUGGCACUGGGCGUGCUCUUUGGCUUGGUUUUCACAUGGUUGGCGUGUCGAGGACAGGGGUCUAUGGGUGAGGGAACUGCAGAUGAAAGAGCACCCCUCAUACGAACCUAAUGGGACUUACCUGUUGCCUGAGCUUGUGAGAGACGGUGAAAACUGCCCUGCCCUGGACCAGGACAGGGGAAACCCUGCAUCCUCACGGGCUCCUGGCCUGUCAAGAAGGGAGUGAAGCCACAGCACUGGCAAGCGAGAAAUGGACAGAGGGAAAUGAGCAGGGUGACAUGGGUGGCAAUUCUGCUUUAUAAAAUCAUGUCUCUAAAACUGUGUUCAUGUGUCUCGGAAGUAUUUAAUAAUCUUGUGUAGAAACCUUUUGUGGUUGGGCUCUGGGAGCUGAGGGGAUUUCGUGAUCCCUGUUGUAGAUACAAUGUCUGAGUGACUUGUUAAUGUUACUUGGCCUGACCCAUUCAGUAUGCUUCAUUCUCCAAACUUUGUGUUUAAAAUAUGUAUGUGUCUCUGUUGUUCUCCAUCCACCUCCUUACACAAAAAGAUGUGGUACCCAGGGUAGAACGAUAGCUUCAUACAAUGUACCAAGCAAAUGGGCCUGAUAUCCUUCUCUAAAACAUUAGGUUUUGCAUCUUGCUCUAAUCUUCAGGAAAAUAAGUCUUUUGACUGUUUUACAGUGUGUAGGAAUCAAGUGGGGGGUGGGGUGGGGUGGGGUGGGGUGGUGUCUGUAAGUAGAUAGCAUUGAGCUCCUAAGGGUUUUUAGUUGUGCUUUUGUGAAGCAAGAGGUUGCACUGGGAAUGUUGGUGAGGGUAAGACAGAUACUUCAUUUAGACUAGAGUUCAGUGUUAGUUACAGCAUCUUAGGCUGAUGUCAUCUUUAGUCAAAGAUGUUUGGGUAUGGAGUAUGCUGCUGAGAGAACAGAAUCAAUGGCUCAAUGACUGCCACCCCGCAGGCAUCGUUACCACAUAGGACAGUGACACAGAAUCACAGUGGCUGCACAUAUUGAAGGGAUAUUUGUAAAAUGAUGAAAGUCUGUCUGCCUGUAGCUUCCGUUACAGAUAGAUCCAGGAAGUCUCCACAGGUUAGAGAGGCAUUUCUUCUGAGUCCAGCAGGUGUUUUGUGGCUCCCUGUCACUAAGUGCCCUCCUCUUCCUGUGACAAUCAUUUUUCUGACAGAGCCACAAGUGUUAGACUGCUAGAUAGAAGGCACUUCAGAUAAAGAGCUGUGAGAAGCUGCCAAGCUGCUUCUCUUUGGAAGGCACUGGCUUCCAGUGUAGGACUAACGACAUCAGUGUCCCAGUGGUCGGACCUCAGCUAUCCUGGAGGGCAGUGGCCAUGUGUCUCAGAGUCCACCAUUUUGGUUUUUUUGUUUUGUUUUGUUUUGUUUUGUUUUGUUUUUGUGGUUUGGUUUUUGAGACAAGGUUUCUCUGUGUAGUCCUGGCUGUCCUGGAACUUGCUCUGUAGACCAGGCUGGCCUUGAACUCACAGAGAUCUACCUGCUGAGUGCUGGGAUUAAAGAUUUACACCAUUGAUUUUUUUUUUCAAGGAACCCUAUACAUUAUCUGGCUACCUGCUUAUAGAAUUUCCUAAAAACUGAAUUUCAAUGUAUUUAAAAUUUUUUAAAAACUGAGAUAUCACAUACAUAUUGGAACAUUGCCUUAAUAUACAGGCCCAAAUUUUCCUCUCUUGACACAAAAGCAAUAAACUAUGUUUCCCUUUUUUAAAAAUGUUGGUUUUUGUUUUUGUUUUUGUUUUUUGAGACAGGGUCUAUGUAGUCCUGGCUGUUCUGGAACUCACUAUGUAAACUAGGCUGGCCUUGAACUCAGAGAUCUGCCUGCUUCUGUGUCAUGAGUGCUGGGAACCAUGAGCCACCCUGCUUGGCAGAUGUUUUCCUUCUAGAAGAGACAAUUUGUUCAAUUUUCACCUUUCCUACUAAUCAAAGUAGAAAUAUUAGAUGCCCCAAAUCACCAAAAUGUGAAGCUAAAUUGAAAGCAUCUGACCUUCAGUAAUGACAAAUAUUUUUAGACUUCAUCAGUAUUUAAUUAGGUAGUUGGCAUAUCUUAGUCUUCAUGCUUCGUGACAGGGUCUCACUCUGCAGCUCAGGCUGGUUUGGAACUCACUAUGUAGCAUAGGGUGACCUUGAAUUUACGGUGAGCCUGUCUCAGCCUCCCAAGUGCUGAGAUUAGAAGCCUGUACUACACAACGUCUGUCUUUAUGCAACUACUUAUCCACACUAAUAGACUGAUAAGCUAGUGCAUACUAAUUGGUUCAUUCCUAUUUUCAGGAUAUAAUCAUCUCUGAGGAGAUUUUUUUAAACACAGAAAUGAUAGCAGUUGAUGUAUAUAGUAGACUGAAUCACACAUAGAAAAGGAGACCAAAAACAGAUUAAUCCUUUAUUAAUGCCAUGGUUGUUAACAGCAGUGGUUCAUUUGGUGUUUUCUUUCUAAAAGGUCCAUGGCAGACCCACAAGGUACAGUGGGAAUUAUAGGUAGAUUAACAACAAAUAUAUCCAUUCGGUGUGGGGCUGAAAAUAGCAAGCUGUUCUCUGUGUUCAUUCUUUUGAGGGCAUUAUCCUGGACAGGCCCCAAAGGCUGUGGUCAUCAGCAUUCUCACACCAGAGAGUGGCAGGUAACUGGGAGAGCACAGGGUGGGAGAUAGGCUCUAGGCUCUGCCCAGUAGGCUUUACUUCCCUGUGUUCUACAAAGAUCACUAAUGGUCAAAUGGGACAAGCACUACACAACUAACCCCUAUUGGGGUCUUUGCUUAAGGGGGAUAAUUUUUAACUUGUUGUUUGUGGUGUGAAUUCUCAAAAGGCCCUCUGAGCAUUGUUACUGGUGUAAAUUGCUUGUGCCUGGUUUUAUAAAGACUGACCAGAAUGUUCUUCAUGUAGCUUACAGAGUUGGGUCAUUUGUUGUGCUUCUUGACCUGGUUUUAUUUCUACCCAUAAUGCAAUGAAAUGUUUCACUAAUUAAAGAAAGUUUCUAUAAAA